CAUCAGUAGUCGACAAAACGUAACGCCUGCUAGCUCGAUAAAAGCCCGUAAAAUGUAAAGGUUUCUCGUGUUAAUAAUAUCCCACGAGUGUCGUUAUUGAGUUAUAUUAAUCUCUGCUUCGUGUCGUUAGUGUUUUUAUUUACAUUUUGUUUGCGUUUCCGUGGCAGCGCCGUUUUAAACACGAUGUUUCUGGAGCUAAGCUAGUUAGCUAGCCUCGUUUGUUUACAUCUCGGAUCCAGGCGAUAACUUCCAGGAAGGAGACAGCUUUCAUUUUCUUCUGCUACACAAGUGGUUAAAGAUGCGUAUCUUUUAGGAUGACGUCAUUCCAACAGGAGGAGCCGAGAUGAGGGUCUCCUUCGGGCCGGCAGAGCUGGUCGCAGGCUUCUGUCACUCGGACGAGCGCGACCCGUUCCCCGUGUGGCAGGAUGGACGCGUCGGCCCGUGUUUCAACCAGCUCGUCCUCGGCGCCUUGCCUCACGCGACGAUGGCCGUCUUCAGCGCCUGCUACCUCGGCAUGGCGAGGCGCGACCUCCUGCAGACGACCCCCCCGCGUGGCUGGACGCUCCGGCAGGUCGCGACCCUGCUGGCGGCGCUGCUCUUUGUCGCCGACGCCGUGCUGGCGAUCCUCCUGCGUCGGGCCGACUUGUACCCGGACCUCCUGGCCGACGGCUGCGCCGCCCUGGCCUGGCUGGUCCACUUCGGUGCCGUCACGGCGCUCCAGAGGUCGACCUUCAGGAGAACCAGAGGACCUCCUCUGCUGCUCCCGCUGGUCCUUCUGUCCGUCCCCAACCUGGUCGUCACGCUGGUGGCUUACGGCGACCACCGGGGACACCCGGACCCCGCGCGGCCCCUCGAGUUUGCGCGCUUCGUGCUCGCCUCGGCCCGGACGCUCCCGCUCCUGGUUUACCUCCUGGCAUUCGCGUUUCCCUGCGUCAGCGACGCCGGGUACACUCUGCAGAUCAACGCCGCGGACGGAUCCCCGCUUCUCCCGGAGAGCGCGCGGCCGGACACGGGUGAGAUGGUGGGCGAGGACGGGAGCGGCUGCGUCUCUCGGCUCUUCUACCUGUGGCUGACGCCGCUCCUCCUCCGAGGGCAGCGAGGGGAGCUGGACGGACCCGCCGACGUCUACCACCUCCCUCGGAAGCUUCGGACCGCCGUGGUUUGCCGAUACUUCCACCAGUGCUGGGAGGCCCGCCGGCGGGGGGCGGCGGCGAGUAGCGGGCGCGACCAGUGGCCUCGGCCGGUCAGCGGGAACCUCCUGAGCGGCACCUGGAGCUCACACGACCAGGAGGACCCGCUGGAGCUGGAGGGCGACGUGGGCCUGCUCGGGGUGCUGCACGCGGCGUUCGGGCUGCGCUACUACGCCCUCGGCGUGCUGAAGGUGGCGGUGAGCAUGCUGAGCUUCACGGGCCCCCUGCUCCUCAGCAGUCUGGUGAACUUCAUGGAGGACGAGGGGGCUCCGAUCGGCUGGGGGGCCCGGUGCGCCCUGGGGCUCUUCGCCGCCACCCUCCUCUCCUCCCUCCUCCAAAACGUCUUCUCCUUCGAGGUCUCCAAGGUGGCGCUGUCGGCGCGCGCCGCCCUCGUGUCCGCAGUGUACGGCAAAGCCCUGCAGGUGAGCGGCUGCAGCCUGGCCGGCACCGCGCUGGGGGAGGUGGUGAACCUGAUGAGCACGGACGUCGACCGCGUGGUCAACUUCUUCGGCAGCUUCCACGAGCUGUGGAGCAUGCCCCUGCGGUUCGCCGUCACCCUCUACCUGCUGCACCUGCAGGUGGGCGUGGCCUUCCUCGGCGGGCUGGGCGUGGCUCUGCUGCUGGUGCCGCUCAACAAGGUCCUCGCCUCCCGCAUCCUGAGCAACAACCGGCACAUGCUCGGGCACAAGGACAGCCGCGUUAAGCUGAUGACGGAGGUCCUCUUCGGCAUUCGCGUCAUCAAGUUCUACAACUGGGAGCCUCAUUUCGUCCAGAAGGUCGCCGACUGUCGCAAGCAGGAGCUGUCUCACCUCAAGGCCAUCAAGUACCUGGACGCCAUGUGCGUUUACACCUGGGCCGCCCUGCCGGUGGUCAUCUCCAUCCUCACCUUCGUCACCUACGUGCUGCUGGGACACCAGCUCACCGCGGCCAAGGUGUUCACCACGCUGGCUCUGGUGGGGAUGCUGAUCGUCCCCCUCAACUCGUUCCCCUGGGUGCUCAACGGCAUCCUGGAGGCCAAAGUGUCUCUGGAGCGAAUCCAGCGCUUCUUCAAACUGAAAAACCAGGACCUGCCGGCGUACUACGCCCUCGUGUCUCCUGAAGACAGUGAGACGUCGAUCCUCUUGAGCCAGGGGUCGUUUUCCUGGCAGGGGCCCGACGGUCUCAACCCCAACAAAGAGGGAGAAGCUGCGGCCGCUAAAGGGGGUCUGCAGCUGCACGGUCUCACUCUGCGCGUCGCCAAGGGCUCUCUGGUUGUUGUGGUGGGGAAGGUCGGCUGUGGGAAGAGUUCCUUACUGGCCGCUCUCACCGGAGAACUCAACAGGCUGAGUGGAGUCGUGUACGUCGCGGGCCGAGAGGCCGGCUUCGGUCUGGCGUCUCAGGAGCCGUGGAUCCAGCAUGCGUCGGUGCGGGACAACAUCCUGUUUGGCAGAGACUACGAUCCGGCCUUCUACCAGGCGGUGGUCGAGGCCUGCGCCCUCAAGGACGACCUCGACGUUUUGCCGAACGGGGACGGGACCGAAGUGGGAGAGAACGGAGUGACGCUGAGCGGAGGGCAGAAGGCUCGCCUGGCCCUCGCCAGAGCUGCUUACAUGGACAAAGACAUCUACCUCCUCGACGAUCCGCUGGCAGCCGUCGACGCCGACGUGGCCGAGCACCUCAUGAAGAAGUGCAUCGUGGAGCUCCUCGGGGGAAAGACCAGAAUCCUUUGCACGCACCGCGUGGAGUUGGCGGGCGAAGCCGACGUGGUGGUCCUCGUGGACAACGGGACCAUCGUCAAAACGGGAACGCCAGCAGAAAUCCUUCCUCUGGUCGAGGCCAUGCCGAAAAAACGGAAGAAUGACCCCAACAUGAAAGAGAAAGAUGGUGAGGAGGAGGAGGAGGAGGAGCCUGACCCGUGUGUGGAGGAUGACCCAGACCCGUCAGGGGCGGAGCUAAAGCAGAUGGGCGGGCUGUCGUGGAGAGUUUACCAGACCUACUGGGUUGCUGUGGGCGGAAUGCUGGCCGGCGCCAUCCUGACGUCUCUGCUCCUCAUGCAAGCCUCUAAGAACGGUUCUGACUGGUGGCUGUCUCACUGGGUCUCAGAGCUGAAAAACAACGGAACAAAUGGUUCCUCUCCGGGUUCCUUCAGCUCACCACACCUGCUGCUCUUCUCACCUGGAGGGUUAAUGUGUCCUCUCUCCUCGCUGCAAACGCUCCCCUCAAGCAACGUGAGCUCCGACGUGGAGUUCUACCUGACGGUGUACGGCUCCGUGGCGGCGACCAACACCGUGUUCACCGCCCUCAGAGCCUUCCUCUUCGCCUACGGAGCCGUCUGCGCCGCCAAGGCCAUCCACGACCGGCUCCUGGACCGGGUCCUCAAGGCCAAAGUCUCCUUCUUCGACACCACCCCGAUGGGCCGCAUCCUCAACCGCUUCUCCUCGGACCUGUACGCCGUGGACGACAGCCUGCCGUUCACCCUGAACAUCCUGCUGGCCAACGCCGUCGGCCUGCUGGGCAUGCUGGUGGUGAUCAGCUACGGCCUCCCCUGGGUGCUGGCGCUGCUGCUGCCUCUGGCUCUGGUCUACUACCGCACGCAGCACUUCUACCGGCACACCUCCCGCGAGCUGAAGCGCCUGUGCAGCGUCACCCUGUCGCCCGUCUACUCGCACUUCUCCGAGACGCUGACCGGGCUCGGCACCAUCCGGGCCAGCGGCCACGCUGCCAGGUUCCAGGAGGAGCUCGCCAGGCGUCUGGAGCAGAACCAGCGCUGCCUGUUCCUGAGCAACGCCGCCAUGCAGUGGCUGAGCAUCCGCCUGCAGCUGAUCGGCGUUGCCGUGGUGACCGGCCUCGGGGCGCUCGCCGUCGUCCAGCACCGGUACGGCGCCGUCGAUCCCGGUCUGGUGGGGCUGUCCCUGUCCUACGCCCUGUCCAUCACGGACCUGCUGAGCGGCCUGAUAUUCAGCUUCACCCAGACCGAGAUGCAGCUGGUGAGCGUGGAGAGAACCGAGGAGUACGCCACGGUUCUCCCCACCGAGCCGCAGAACCACAGCGCGCAGCUGCCGCCGGCGUGGCCGGAGCGCGGUGGCCUGGAGUUCCGCGAUGUGGUUCUGGCCUACAGGGGCGGCCUCCCCAACGCCCUGGACGGGGUCAGCCUGGCCGUGCGGCCCGGGGAGAAGGUGGGCGUCGUGGGACGCACCGGCUCCGGGAAGUCCACCUUGUUCCUGGCCCUGUUCCGUAUGGUGGAGCUGAACCAGGGUCAGAUCCUCCUGGACGGGCUGGACGUCAGCACCGUGGGUCUGGCUCAGCUCAGGUCGAGGUUGGCCAUUAUCCCUCAGGACCCUUUCCUGUUCAGCGGCACCGUCGGGGAGAACCUGGACCCGUGCGGGCGCCACUCGGACCGGCAGCUGCUGGACGUCGUGGCCCAGUGCCACCUCGGCCCGGUGGUGGAGAGGAUGGGCGGUCUGGAUGCUGAGGUCGGGGACAGAGGAAAGUCCUUCUCCGUGGGCCAGCGACAGCUGCUGUGUCUGGCCAGAGCUCUGCUGACCGAGGCCAAGGUCCUGUGCAUCGAUGAAGCGACAGCCAGCGUGGAUCAGAAGACGGACAAACUGCUGCAGCGGACCAUCAGAGAGAAGUUUCAGGACCGGACCGUCCUCACCAUCGCUCACAGGAUCAACACCGUCAUGGACUGCGACCGGGUGCUGGUGAUGCAUGCUGGGAAGGUGGCGGAGUUUGACACCCCGGCCGCUCUCUACCCGAACGAGCCGCUCCACCCCCCGCCGGCCGGCCGGUAGGAGAGCGAGGAGACACCUGGAAGGGGAGAUUUAUUUUUAUAUUUUGAUCCCGGGAUCAUUUCUUUUUUUUUGGGGGGG